AGCAGCCGAUAACCAGUUCUCCAUCCGCUGUGAAAAUGUCGGGUCGUGAGGUCUUCGAUAUUUCUCCAGUUCAGAGGAAAAUCCUCGAGGAAAAACAGAAAAGGGCUACUGCACUUCGUCACGAGUAUCUCCAGCAGAGGUUGAAUCCAUUCAGACAUGCAACUGGAUUUGGAGGCGUAGUUGAAGAUCCUGCUAUCCUUCGGUUCCAAGCUCAUCGUGCUACCAUAUACGAGAGAUUCAAACCAACUUGGGGAAAUGCUGCUUUCCACUUCGGGGCGACAAUUCUGCCCAUGAUCAUUGGAAUACUCAUCGUCGGAGCUGACAGAAGGAAGACCGAGCAUCUCCGUCGUACCGGCCACGUCAGCUACUACGACAGAGACUAUAGAUUCUGUUAAACACAAUAAUCAAUCGCAAAUUCAUUGUAGAAAUAAUAUUAACAUAAAUUGUGGGGAAAUAAACGUUAAAGGUAAUUACGUGA